AUGUCGAAUAUGCACUCAUCAAAAGGUUUUUCAAGAGCUGUUCUCUGUUGUAUGCGAAUAAUCUUUAUUCCAAUGAUGAUUAUAUUGAUACUGAUUGUUCUUGUUACCGGUGUUCUCUAUGGUGUUGAUUUAUUGGCUCAAGGUGCUUGUCGAACAGGUCACGAUGAUCAAUCAUUUCUUGUUUCAUUUCUCAUUGAUAAACUACUUGGAAAUAGUUCCAAUGAGUUCAUCAUUGGUGAACUAGAUGUACAAUCUGUAUUCACAAAUGUUAUCGAUGAUUGUCGAAAUCGAACACAUUUUAGUGAAUAUUUUUUUAAAAAUCAUUUAACUCAUUUGGAAAAUUAUACGUAUGAUGCAAUGAAUCAAUUAAAUGAAGAAAUCUUCUAUAAAUUCAAUGCAUCAAUUGACUCGAUUGAUAUUAGAUCUGAUAUCGGUCGUCUUGAUAAUUUAUCUGAUAAAGUUACGUCAACUCAAGUUAAAGAAAAAAUACAACCGAUCAAAAACGAUUGGACAAACAUUCAGACACAAUUCGAAAAGAUAUCUUCUAGCAUUCCAACAUUAUCAACUGGUGUAGUUAAUCAAACAAUUGAUGAUGUUAGUUUUAGAAAAUUUUUGUAA